AUGCUGCUCCGAGCACUAAGCACAGUAUGCCUUGCUGGGCUUGCCACAGCGAAGUAUGAUGAGUACAUCUUAGCCCCAAGAUCACGCACCGUCAUCCCCAGAUCUGUCUACCAAGUCAACGGAACAGUCGAAGAUGCAGAAUCGCUUCUCGUCGGUGGCGAGGGAGGUGCGACCUUCACGGACGAUUCGACAGUGACCUACGAUUUCGGCAUCAACAUUGGAGGUAUCACAACCUUGGUCAUUGGCGAUGUCGACCCGGACCAAUACAUCGGCAUCACGUAUUCCGAAAGCUCGCUUUGGAUCACCCGAGAGGGCAGCGAUGGAACUGCAGAUGCUGGUCUUGAUGAGGUUCUAUGGUUUCAACCAACGGGUCCGGGCAACUACACUGUUGACCCAAGUCACAACCGAGGUGGUUUCAAGUAUCUGAGUCUGAUUCACAACACCACUGGCAAUUUGGAAGUCGAACAGCUCUCCGUACAUUACACGGCAAUGCCACAUGUGGCUGAAGAGGAGAUCGCUCAGUACAGCGGAUAUUUUCACUCGAACGAUGAGCUUGUGAACAGGGUUUGGUAUGCUGGAGCAUACACGAACCAGCUGUGCACAAUUGACCCGAGAUAUGGCGAUGCCUUGCCAUUCAUUGACGUAAUCAACUCAACUCAGAAGGGAGACGAGACGCCGCCAAAUCCGUGGUACAGCAACUUUACCAUCACCAAUGGUACAUCUGCUCUCGUCGAUGGAGCCAAGCGUGAUCGUCUGGUUUGGGCAGGCGAUAUGGCUAUCGCUGUGCCAGCCAUCAUUGUAUCGUACGACGACCUUGUCUCCGUCGCCAAUGCACUCGACUCCCUCUUCCAGCGUCAGAAUGAGUCUGGUCUGCUUCCGUAUGCUGGUGUUCCGUUCCCAGCUAGGAUCUCCUUCACCUACCACCUCUACACCCUGAUUGGUGUCGCCGACUAUUAUCUUUAUUCUGGCGAUCUUGACUAUGCUCGAGAGAAAUGGCCAGCCUACAAGCGUGCCAUUGAAUGGUCUCUGUCCAACAUCGACUCCACUGGCCUCAUGAACGUCACGGCAUCCAACGACUGGCUCCGAUUCGGCAUGGGUGGUCACAACAUCGAGGCCAACGCCAUCCUCUACUACACCCUUCAACAAAGCAUUCUUCUGGCCGAAGCUCUCAACGAGGAUGACGCUGUCAUCUCCAACUGGAGUAGCACUGCCUCCAGAAUCAAGACUGUCGCCAACGAACUCCUCUGGAACGAAGACCUCGGCCUCUUCGUCGACAACGAGACCACCACCCUCGCCCCACAAGACGGCAAUUCCUGGGCCGUUGUCUCAAACAUCACCCUUUCGGCCGAGCAGAACCAACGCAUCAGCGUGUCUCUCCACUCCCGCUGGGGCCCAUACGGCGCUCCCGCCCCAGAAGCCGCUGACGCAGUCUCCCCCUUCAUCUCCGGCUUCGAACUGCAAACCCACUUCCUGGCCAACAAUGCGUCCGCAGCCCUCGAUCUGAUUCGUCUGCAAUGGGGCUUCAUGCUCGAUGACCCACGCAUGACGAACUCCACCUUCAUCGAAGGAUACUCGCAGACGGGAGAAUUGCACUACGCGCCAUAUACCAAUGAUCCUCGUGUCUCCCACGCACACGGCUGGGCGACAGGUCCGACAUCGUCCUUGACAUUCUAUGUUGCGGGUAUCCAUAUUUUGACUGCAGGUGGAGAGACGUGGGAGUUGAGUCCUAGAUUGGGAGGACUGACUUUUGUGGAUGCUGGGUUUGAGACGACUGUGGGUGAGUUUAAGAGUCAGGUUAAUGGCAGUGAGAGUGGUGAGGUUCAAGGGUUUAGGUUCAGUACACCGGCGGGCACGACAGGAAGAGUGAGUUUGCCGGGCGUGGAAGGCAGGCUGAGGAGUGCGAAUGGGACUUUCGUGAGUCUUUUGGAUGGCGAGGCGAGCGAUGUGCCAGGUGGUGAUUGGGAGCUGGUCCUCGGUGGCGGCAACGCGACUGGUGGUGGUAAUGGCACGACCGGUGGUGGUAAUGGCACGACCGGUGGUUCGACGCCUGUGCCAUACACUGGUGGUGCCUCGAUGGGUGCGACUGCUUCCGCUUUGGUGGGAGCUGUGGCUGUCGUGGCUGCCUUCUUGUAG